UGCUCUCUUCCCCCGCAGUCUCUGUGCGUUGAAGCCGGAGACCGCGGCGGCCUCUGCUAGGACCCUCCGCCCCGGAGCCGCCGGCCGGAGCCGCAGCCUCAGCCGCAGCGCCCCCGCCGCCCGUCCCCUCCCCAGUCGCCUCCGCCGGAGCCGCCUCGCGCACUCUGGGGUAUGGCCGUCAAUGUGUACUCCACAUCUGUGACCAGUGAAAAUCUGAGUCGCCAUGAUAUGCUUGCAUGGGUCAAUGACUCCCUGCACCUCAACUAUACCAAGAUAGAACAGCUCUGUUCAGGGGCAGCCUACUGCCAGUUCAUGGACAUGCUCUUCCCUGGCUGUGUGCACUUGAGGAAGGUCAAGUUCCAGGCCAAACUAGAACAUGAAUACAUCCACAACUUCAAGGUGCUGCAAGCAGCUUUCAAGAAGAUGGGUGUUGACAAAAUCAUUCCUGUAGAAAAAUUAGUGAAAGGAAAAUUCCAAGAUAAUUUUGAGUUUAUUCAGUGGUUUAAGAAAUUCUUUGACGCAAACUAUGAUGGAAAGGAUUACAACCCUCUGCUGGCGCGGCAGGGCCAGGACGUAGCACCACCUCCUAACCCAGGUGAUCAGAUCUUCAACAAAUCCAAGAAACUCAUUGGCACAGCAGUUCCACAGAGGACAUCCCCCACAGGCCCCAAGAACAUGCAGACCUCUGGCCGACUGAGCAACGUGGCCCCACCCUGCAUCCUCCGAAAGAAUCCCCCAUCAGCCCGAAAUGGCGGCCAUGAGACCGACGCCCAAAUCCUUGAACUCAACCAACAGCUCCUGGACUUGAAGCUGACAGUGGACGGGCUGGAGAAGGAGCGAGACUUCUAUUUCAGCAAACUGCGUGACAUCGAGCUCAUCUGCCAGGAACACGAGAGUGAAAACAGCCCCGUCAUCUCGGGCAUCAUUGGCAUUCUGUAUGCCACUGAGGAAGGAUUUGCACCCCCUGAGGACGAUGAGAUUGAAGAACACCAACAAGAAGACCAGGACGAAUACUGAGGGCGGCUCCAGCCCUGGCUGACUGCACGGCUCCGUGCCUCCCCUCCCAUGCCCACUCCCACAUUAUAAUUCUUUCCCUCCAGCCAGUCAGCCGGCCGGGUGCUUUGUGUCAGUGCCGCAGCAUUGGGGAGCCGGGCGAGGGGGCUUGGGGGAUGGGGCAGAUGAGCAGGCAGAGGCCUUGUCCUGGUCCCCAGUGGCACUGGCCCAGGGAGCAGGACCCCUGCCCACUCCCCACCCCUAUUUAUUUCCGUUGUCUCUAUGCUGUGUUGGCCAACACUUCCCGGGGUGCUGCUGCCACCCACCCAGCCAGCCACCUGCUCCCCGACAGCCAGCAGCUGUAUAUUUGACAAAGUCAUUGGUAUAUUUUUACUUACUGGAUUGUCCUUGCACUUUACCUGUUCUUUUCCAGGGCUGACAGCAGGGCUGGGGGCAGCAUGCCUGGCUUGGCUCCCCUUCCCCAUGGCCCAGUCCAGGGCAGGACUCACCGAUUCUUAUUUAUUUUGUCUUUUGACUUCCCAGUAGUUGAGGGGAAGGCUGAUGUCAGGAGAGGGAGGAGACUGAGGAGGCAGUGCUGUGGGCCCAGGGGUCAGGGAAAGGGAGGGGAGCAUGUGAGGGACAGUAGUGACCUCCUGGCACUGGGCUCACCCACCCAAGAUCCCUGCCCCAGCACUGAAGCCCAGUAAUGCCCCAGGGCCCUCAGCUACUCCCUCCUGCAGCCUGGUUCACACCACACAGACUCUGCCUGGCCCUCACUGUAUGUCUGCCUCCCAUUCGCCCACCUCCCGCCCCUACCCCUCGGGCACCAGCCUGCAUAUGUGUUCACUUUUAUUUAAAUAAACUUGUGUGGUAAAAAGUCUG